UGUAGCUCAGUCCAACAUGAGUGACUAUAGUGGAGUGUAUCAUGAGAAACCAUUCAAUGAGACCACGAAGCCAUCUUUGGUCGAUCAGCUCAUUUUGUAUAAUUUCGGCACUUGGUAUGUUCUGGUGGCAAUUGUGACGACCUUCACGACAGGCAUCAUUAUUCUCUGCUGCUGCACUAAAUUUCGGAUUCCGCGGACAAAACAAGAAAUAGAGGCCGAUUACAUACGGAAUAAAAUUGCCAGGAAAUUCCAAAAACAUCUCAGGAUGAUUCAAAACAGUGAAAUGGACGAUAUGACUUUAGAAAAAGCACUGGACCGUGUAAGAUCAGACUUUUACUCAUUGGAGCCAAUGCCUAAGGACUUGAGAAAGAAGUUAGAGCCAGGAGCUGUGGAUACACUUCAGAAAGUUAGCAUCAUUCGGACAUCAUAAAAGUUCUUAAAAUUUCCAACCACCUUGUGAUUUGGGGUUUCGGAGUAGGUAACACUGAUUCAAUGGAAUUUUAAAAUACUUGAGAUGAGUUCUUACAGAAUUAAUGAAAAUUUCGAAGAUGAGGAUAAUGGUAGAGAGAAGUUUAUUGUUCGAAAGUAGUACCAUGAAUGCCUGAAUUGGCUUACGGUCAGUUGGUUUUCCAAAAGUUGACCGUUGGUAGGCAUGAUGGUCAUAUUAUUCACUUUUUCCUGUUGAAUAUCUUUCGUUUUUCAAGAAAGAUUUGAAGGAAUUAUAAGGAAAAUCUAUCAAAAUUUAAGCAGCAUUUGGCUGGAGGAAACAAUUUUUAAAAAAGUCAUUUUUUUAUAAAAGUUGCUGGCUGAAGUUUAUGUUGAUUCCUGUAAAAACUCUUUUAUGCCAACAAUUUUAAUUUUAAUGAGUCAUGGAAUUUUUACUUGUUCAUUUUUUAUCAAGAACCAGGCUCUAUGGUUUCCAGAAAACUUGAGCUCUUCCUACUGAGAAGAACCACUUUAAAAAAACUUCUUUGUAGAAGCUUCUUCUUUUUAUUAAUUUCUUUAGAGAGGAUGGUAUAUAGAAUGAAAAAGUCAAAUGUUAGCUUGAAAACACAAGGAAUGUGAGACAUUACUUUAAUAACCUUUGGUAUAUGCUUGCAGUACAAUUACAGUAUGUACAAUUUUUUUUUAAAAAAAAAAGAGAAAAAGUUAACUUGACCUAUACAAAUAAUGCUUAAGUUAAGUUACGCAGCUAGUCUCUCUGUACACUAAUUGUACAUAACAGUUAGAACUGUUGUUAACAGUUAAUACAAUUCAUUCAAAAUAGA